CUUGACAUCUUCGCGUCAACAUAAAGACACGUGCGGCAUUAAACAAAAGCAAAAUGAUAAAGAAAAGGGGUAAAGAAUCUCUUGCGGAGAAAAUUACAGGUGUUUUAAGCACGACACCCGCAUCGUUCGACCCUGAAGACGCUCACGUAGACGACACAAGUGCGAAAUUAUUGAACGAAGAUUUUGAAGAUGAUCAAGACGACGAUGAAGAAUUGUUGAGCAAGUUUAGGAAGCAAAACAUCGAUUUACUUGAAGAUGUGGACGAGAGGUAUGCUGGUAAAAGGGGAAGUAGGAAAGAUAUGGCGAGUAGUGAUGAAUCGGGAGAUGAUUUAGAAGAAGAAGAAGAUAAUCCUGAUGAAAAUGGAGAUAAUGAUUCCAUGGAAGAUGAAGAAAAUGACUCAGAUAAUGAAGAAAGUGAUGAUGAUGAAUCUGGAAGUGAUUUUGAUGAAGAAGGAAUUGAUUUAGAAAAUAUUGAUGAAGAAGAUGCAAACUUUAGUCACUUUAAAGAAUCUGAUGCAUCUGCACAAGUGAAAAAAGGUUUAUGUGUUAGAAACCAAAUGAACCUAUGGGAAAACUUGCUAGAAAUGAGGAUACAGCUGCAAAAAUGCCUGGUAACAUCGAAUAAAUUACCCCAAAAACCAAUAUUUUUGGAAAUAAAAAAAUCAUCUGGACAACAAUUCACUGAUAAAGUAUCAGAGACCAAAACAAAUGUGUGCAAUAUUAUUGACAAACUAUUGCAACUCCAAAAAGUUGUACUAAACAAAUACCCUGAAACUAAAAAUCUCGGCAAAGGUGAUAACAAAGUGGUCAAUGACGAUGAUGAAGAAAUUCCCAGUGACACUGAAGAUGAGUUGGAAAAAGAUGAUUCAGAUGCAGAAGAAGAAGAAUCACCCAAGAAAAGAAGAAAGCUAUCAGACUAUGAGCAAAUCAUAAGUGAUAACCACAGCAAAUACACAAAUUAUAGAAACAGUGUGAUUCAAAAAUGGAAUGAAAAAACUAGGAUGGCAGUAGCAAAGAAUAACCUAGCUUCACAUUCAGUUCUCAAUCAAAUACAACACAACCUGAAUGAUAAACAGAAAUUAAUAAAACGCACACAAUUACGAAGAUCAGAAUUCAAAAUUAUAGGUGAAAAAGAAAAAGAAGAUACCACACCUGAACCUAAUGAAGACAACAUAGAAGUUAAGAACACUGAAGAACAUAACACAAACAUUUUUGAUGAUGAUGAUUUUUAUCAUCAACUUCUAAGGGAGUUAAUAGAAGUUAAAUCAGCCGAUAUUACAGAUCCUGUUCAGUUAGGUAGACAGUGGAUACAACUGCAAAAUUUAAGAAGUAAAAUGAAAAGGAAAAUUGACACCAAAGCUACAAAAGGCAGAAAAAUUAGAUAUGCUGUUCAUACAAAAUUAGUCAAUUUUAUGGCUCCCAUAGAUGAAUACAAAUGGACAGAUGAAGCUAAAACUGAAUUGUAUAAUUCACUGUUUGGUAAAAGAGUAUAGAUUCUGUUAAUUCUGUAUUAAACAAUAAACUGUACAUUUAAUAUUAAUAAAG